GCGUCGUCUGCCUGAGUAUAUUACCUGCACUGGUCGUCUCGAAUUUCUUAUUCUUCAGUCACUCAUAUUUCUAAACCCCUUAUUCCUUCUCCUUUUUUUUUCUUCCUACACACCCCACGCACCGCAGGGCUCUACUACCUGUCCCGCAAUACCCCGCCUCCCAAGACGAUAUCUUCCCCUCAGCUCCUCGCAUAUAAGUUCUCAACCAUGGCUGUCCGCGCCCAAUUCGAAAACUCCAACGAAGUCGGCGUUUUCUCCCGACUAACAAACUCAUACGCGCUUGUGGCCAUCGGCGCCUCUGAAAACUUCUACAGUGUGUUCGAAGCCGAACUUCAAGACGUCAUACCCAUUUGCCAUGCCACAAUCGCAGGAACACGCAUCAUUGGCCGUUUAACCGCAGGAAACCGCAAGGGACUCCUUGUCCCCACAACAACAACAGACCAAGAACUGCAACACCUGCGAAACACAUUGCCUGAUGAUGUGAAGAUCCAACGUAUAGAAGAGCGUCUGUCCGCGCUCGGUAAUGUCAUCUGUUGCAAUGACCAUGUCGCCCUCAUCCACCCUGAUUUGGAGCGUGAGACGGAGGAGAUCAUCGCCGACGUCCUCGGUGUCGAAGUCUUCCGUCAAACAAUCGCCGACAACGUCCUAACAGGCUCGUACAUGGCCCUCUCAAACCAAGGUGGCAUCGUCCACCCUAAGACUUCUAUUCGUGAUCAGGAUGAGCUCUCCUCUCUUCUUCAAGUACCUCUAGUCGCCGGUUCCGUUAACCGCGGUAGCCCCGUUGUUGGUGCCGGUCUCGUCGUCAACGACUGGCUUGCUGUGACGGGUCUCGACACAACGGCAACAGAAUUAAGCGUUAUCGAGAGCGUGUUUAGACUGGGCGAGAAUGGGCCUGGCGGUAUUGGGCAGGGAGUUGCGAAUAAGGAUAGUAUUGUGGAGAGUUUCUACUAAAUUCUCUUCUUUUUAAAGUUACGGCUAGGAAAUUCUGAUGCAC